UGCAACACCACUCUUAUCACUAUAAAUGGCUUCCGGUAAGGGUGUGAGUCCAACAGCUGAUGGAUAUACAAAAUUUGACAAUGACAACGAAAAUGUUCGGGAUACGUACUCGACCGAAAACAUCAAAAAUGGAUUUUCCCAAGCAAUUGAAGAUUUUCCCAACGAGAUAGGAAGCACAUCAAGCCUAAACAGGGACGUUUCAGAAAGCUCUGUUGAGAUAAGCAACCGAUCAGUUGAAUCAGCAUUAGGUGUAGAACAGCACUGGGAAAUGAAUUUCCACGAAGCUGCAAUAUUUUUGGAGGAAGGUGAAAAUAAUGAAAAAUUCGAUUCUCAUCCAUGUAAUCCUGAAGCUUUACCGGCAUAUCUUUUAGUUCACAACCGAUGGUAUUACGGACUUGAUAUGAUAAUGUCUCUAGUACUAUUAGCUCUUGCAUUUGUUGAAGAGCCAGCGGCAUCAGUAUUUAGGCUUCCAGUUGGAGUUCAUGGAUCUAUUGAGUUACUUGCUUUAAUAAUCAUUGGAGUGGAGCUCCUGCUGAAACUCCGGUGGAUUGGAUGGAGAACAAUACUUAAACACAAAAGAACCAUGAUAAAGUGUGUGACUUUGGGUAUCAUGUUUGUUGAAGCAGUGACAGUACUUGUACGCCAGUCAUCACAUUUUCGAGUCACGCGUGCCCUACGACCAAUCUUUCUUGUUGAUACUCGUCACUGUGGUGGUGUACGCCGAUUCAUACGUCAAAUUCUGCAGUCACUGCCACCAAUCCUUGAUAUGCUUGGCCUACUAUUGUUCUUUGUAACAACAUAUGCACUGCUUGGAUAUUUCUUGUUUUCUGAUGAUCCUCGUGAUCAGCACUUUUCAACAUUGCAGGACAGUUUUGUUAGCAUGUUUGUCCUUUUGACAACAGCCAAUUUUCCAGAUGUGAUGAUGCCAGCAUACUCCAGAUCCAUGAUGUUCUGCAUUUUCUUCAUCUCAUACCUAUGCAUAGUGCUCUAUGUGUUGAUGAAUUUGAUGCUUGCUGUGGUUUACGAAACAUUUACUCGUGUUGAACGGGAGAAGUUUCGCAAGUUGCUGUUACACAAGCGCAAGGCUUGCCAGCAUGCAUUCCGCCUGCUGGUCGCUAAGCAGAACCCUCAUCGCAUGAGAUUCAGACAAUUUGAGGGACUCAUGCGCUACUACGCUCCCAAAAAGACGGUUCGAGAUGUAGUUCUCAUGUUUAAGUACCUGAACUCCUCAGGGAGUGGCACACUGUCUCUAGAAGAGUUCUACUCAGUGUAUGAUGCUGUUCUAUUGUGUUGGGAGCCACAAUUUUCGCAGGCUCCUUGGUUUCACACAAGCUGGGCACCAUUACAGAACUUAUGUCAACUCAUACACGACUUAGUUCUGUGGAAAUAUUUUGAACAUAUUAUCUAUGGCUUGAUUAUUUGUAACGGUAUUUCCAUGGCAAUACGUAUUACCGAGCUAACUACUGAUUUGGAAGAAUCGGCAUGUGCCUUUGCUGCUUCCUGGGAUACGAUACUGUUUGUAAGCCUGGGAUUAAUAGAGGCGCUGUUAAAGAUCCUGGGGCUAGGUGUAUCCCAAUAUUUCAGCUCUGGAUGGAAUUCAUUUGAUUUUUCUGUUACUCUGGCAACACUAUGCGCAGUUACACUUCUGACCAUGUUCCCCUGGAUGGUAGUUUUGAUUUUUAUCCGCCCAUUACGACUGCUGCGACUUUUUAAACUGAAGAAACGUUAUCGUGACGUUUUUGGCACGCUCGUACUUCUAACACCGCUGAUGUGUUCUACUGCCAUAGUCAUGCUUGUCCUGUAUUACUUCUUUGCCAUAAUUGGAAUGGAGCUCUUCGCUGGAUACGAUAUGCGGAAUUGCUGUGUGAAUACUACAGUGGAGGACUUCUACAAGUACAGUGCCAAUGGAAGCACUGCACUGGGGUACUAUUACCUCAACACCUUUGAAAACCUGAUGAAAAGUUCAGUCACACUUUUUGAGUUGACUGUGGUUAAUAAUUGGUUUAUUUUGAUGAAUGGAUAUGCAUCAGUUGCAUCGCCAUGGAGCCGCAUCUACUUCAUGCUGUUUUACCUGUCAACAAUGAUUGUCCUCACAAUAGUUGUGGCAUCUGUUCUCGAAGCAUUCCGUUUCCGUAUACAGUACAAGCGACAAACAACAAAACGUGAAGAGGAGAAAAUGCUACAUGAAGAGGUUGAUGUGAAAUGGGAAGAACUUCAGAUGUGGGUUCAAGAUUUCCAGCUACUAGAAAAGUUGCGUGCAGAUCUAGUCGUAGAUGGGACAGCAACUUACAUAGGAUGUCGUCCCCGUAACCGGGAAGUUUUGCAACGCCGAAUGUACCGUGCAGAAAUUGAAGAUUGGAUGCAUGAAGCUGAAAUGGUAGAACAGGCCCCAACUCCAGUGGAUGGCCGAAGUAAUGAUCAUGCUGAAGUUGUCAUGGGAGGCUAUCAGCAGAACGUGUCAAUCAACUCCUAAGUUACGGAGAAAAUAUUUAUAUUGUGUUUCAUAAGGCUAUUUUCUAUGUAUCUGUCAUUUCAGUAUUUAAACACUAUCUGAAACAGAAGUAUUGUGUCAACUGUCAAAAUAUAAAUAACUAGAACAGAGCUCUGCUCCUACUGUUCCAACAGUGACAGUUGGUAACAUCUAUCUCUCUAGCUCACAUAGUGUUUCUUUAAUUUUUAACUAUAACAAACAGUAUUUUUGUGGCUUUUAGUUCCUCUGUAGCUUUUGUGUGUAAUAUUUUGUUAUAAGCUAUGCAUUCCUGUUACUGUCAAAAUAGUAGCAACGGUCAAUAUUCAGAAGUGUUUAUUAUUUUAUUUGUGACUGGUGGCCCCAAAAAGUGAAGUCACAGAAAAUUUUUAUGUAACUCAGUAAAAUAUGAAAAUAACAUAGACUGAAAACUGUAAAGCUAACUUGUUAGUAAGACUAAACGAUAGCUGUACCAACACGUAGACUAAUAGACAAUGCAAACUCAUACAAACAUUUCAGUAAAAGGCAAAAUGAAUUAGCAAGAAACGUAAAUAAAAAAUAUUAAGAAGAUAAGAAAGAUCUGUAUAAAUGUGUUAGAGGAAUGUUAAGUUUUUUGGAAACAUUGUUGAAGGUACAUGUUGAAUUAAUGCACAGUAACACAGAUUUUCCUGUGAUGGGCAGUGAGUUGAAUAUGUCUUUUUGGACAAUUUAGUAGAAAGACGUGCUGGUCUGAAAUGCAAGAUUCUCCUGUGACAAGCAGAUUAUAUGCCUUUAUCUGAUAAUUGUUUUAUUAUGUUGAUAAAGUCUAUAUGGUUUCCCUGAUGGUUUUACUAAUUCUAUUUUGAUGCUUAUUAAUGUCAAAGCUUUAAUACUCUAUUUACAUAGAAAUGAUACCAAAUGCUCAUAUUUAAAAUAUUUAUAAUUAUAAACUUAAAGUUGUUUCUUUUCAUUAAGUAUUAAAUACUUUGAAUGAGAUUAUUAUUGUAUAGGAAAGGUGUAUGUCAAGUUUUCCAAGACAGUACAUAUGAAAUAUUGCUGUCAAAACAGAAUUGUUUGUGGUAACACAACAUAUCUUCCUGAUGAAAUAUUAUUUCCUCUUUUUCCCAAUUUUUAAAUGAGCUCAAAUUUUCCUAUUUUUUUAAAUGAGCUCAAAUAAUUAUUUAAAUGGAGCAUUCACCCUGAUAGUUCCAAUUAUUUCCCUUGUCAUCUCCAAACAAAACAAAAAAUUUUAACAUGUUUCUUCCAUUGCACUUCUAUUAACUGUUCUUGCAUCCAAAGAUGAGUAACAUCCCCCUGUAAGUGUCGUAUCAGUGUGCAGUUUUAUGGUAAACCUAUUUUAUAUUUUUAUUGUCGAUGCUAGUUUCAAAAAUUCCCUUGGAAGGAGGGUGGGGACAAACUGUCCUUUAAAAUUGGGUACUGUCAUUCAUAUUUUUCUCAUAAUCAUUGUUCUGUCAUUUAUUUUCACAUUAUUGUCAGACUGCUUCCUGUUGGCAGCUGGAAGUGUCACAGAAGUAAAUAGUAGUUUAUUUUUAAUCUGAAUUUGUUGUUCUUGUGCUACAAAUACACUUACAUUUUUGUAUUUAAUCGUUAAUCUGCUUCCUGCUGGCAGCUAGCAAUGUUACUGAAUGUUAUUUUAUUAAGAAUUUAUUGUUCUUAUGUUACAAAUAUUGUGUUUUUCAUACAUAUAUUAUGCACAGUUUUAUAAUACUGUAUAAUACUCUUAGUUACCAUUGUCAUAUUGUGAUAUCGUGGCUAUCAAAUCAAUAUUUAUUUAAUUACAUGUUUUAGAGAAAUUUUUGUUAUGGGACUUAAUAAUUAUAACAUUUUUGUUGAUGAGGAACUAAUAUUAGCUCCAAACUUUUAAAUAAUAAUGAAAUUUUAUAUAAACCUUAAUAUUUUUGUGUACUUUAAUAGCAAUAUUUCUUGUGAUAGUAACAGAAAACUGUUCAUGUGUAAUGAACACCUUAACUGGCUGUGUAGCUUAUUUGAAUGUGCAAGUUACGUCUUCUGAAAAUCUAUAACAUUCCAGUUUGUAAUAUGAAUAUAGUGUUAACUGAUCAUCUCUUAUACCUUUAGCCUUAUAUGUUCAACUGUUAAUCUGAAAUGGAUAAACAUUUUUUUUUAUUUUAGAGACUGUCCUAAUGCAAUAAUUUUGCAAAUAUUGUUACUAGAUCUCUCUUAGUUAUAGCUUGGUGGACUGUUUGGUCUGAAAACUGUAAUGGCCUCCAGUUGCGAGUAUACUUUGCACUCGCUUAUAAGUUUCAUUAUUUGCACCUUUGUUUAGCUUGUUCAAAGUACCAUGUCAGACAGUAUUAUGACAGUUAUCUCUAGAACAUUACCGAGCGAGGUGACGCAGUGGUUAGCACACUGGACUCGCAUUCGGGAGGACGACGGUUCAAUCCCGUCUCCGGCCAUCCUGAUUUAGGUUUUCCGUGAUUUCCCUAAAUCGCUUCAGGCAAAUGCUGGGAUGGUUCCUUUGAAAGGGCACGGCCGCUUUUCUUCUCCAUCCUUCCCUCACCCGAGCUUGCGCUCCGUCUCUAAUGACCUUGUUGUCGACGGGACGUUAAACGCUAAUCUCCUCCUCCUCCUCCUCCUCCUCUAGAACAUUAUAUGAAUUAAGAGACAUGUCUGCCUCAUUUCUAUUUUGAACAGCUAUUAUGAGCUUCAACUGUGUAAAGAAAUACAGAUAUUAGUAUCGACGUGACGGACUGUGUAGCAGCAAUAUUAUAACUGGCUUUAGGGAUACAUCUAAAAAAUUCUGGGUAAAAGUGUGUGUGUGUGUGUGUGUGUGUGUGUGUGUGUGUGUGUGUGUGUGUGUCGAACACACAUGCACAUUUGUUUGUGGGGAGUCAGAGACAGCUAUUUGCAUAUUUACAAAUUUCAUAGCAUAACUUGAAGCAAUUUCUUUCAGCUAAAUACUAUGAGAAAGACUUGUAACAAUUAUACAUGGUGCUGACAUAUCUGUAUUUAUUCACUAUAAUAAGAUUUACUGUUAUUUUCAUGGUAUUAGACUGAUUAAGAAAUUGAUAAACUUAACUGAAAAAAAAAAAAUAUUUCUGCAUAAAUUGGUGGUUUUUUAUUUAAUGUAUUAAUCAUUGAUCUCUACUCUCCUUCAGUCAGCAGCCUUGACCAACAAGAAUAAAUUUUUCUCCUUUUUGUAGCUUAGUUUUAAUUAUUAUUGGACACUACACUAGUUCCUAACCACCAUUUAGUUCCAAAACUUGUCAAUGGAUGUUGCUUUGAAUGAACUGAUUGCAGAAACGCCAUCAGUGGCUCACGUUUUGUAUGAUCUCUCAAGAAUUAUUUUCUCUUUCAAAGUAAUCCCAACCCACUUUACGUGUAAUGCAAAAUGCACUAAACUUUGUAAGGUCAUCACUUUUAGUGUUACAGUGUUUCAUGAUCAUCUGUUGUGCAACAAACUGAUACAUGAUGGCCUUAUGGAACACAAGUGACAGAUAGAGCUAUAUGUAAAAUAAUGGCAGAAAUGAGUGUUAUACACCAAUUUACUCAGAGAACACAAAACAAAUAAUUUUUGUUUUGAUUUACCUUCAAGCAUUUAUCUUUUGUGUGGCUAUUUCAGUCACAUGGUGCAGUUUGUCAUUGUAGUCCUCUUUUUGUAGUGGAGGUAAGACACCAUUCAUGUAAGGGAGAUGCCAUUAAUGCUACAUCAUUUUAUUUUACCAAGUAAAUUUUAUUUUUACACAGUAUAGCCAUAGUUACAUAUGAAUGUGUAAUGUGAAUUUAAAAUGAGCCGUUCCACAUCAUUACAAUUAAUCGCGCAAAUGAUCCAUGGAACAUGAAACUAACAAACACAUCAGAGACUUUGUCAAAAUCAGAUAUUUUUGUUGUUUAGCUACAAUAGUAAUUUAUUUGUAACCUUAUAAAUGGAUUUGUCUGUAGAGAAAUAACUGGAAAGAGUAAAAUGUAUUUGUAAUUUG